CUCUCUACUCGGUUAUUUCAAUUCGCGAUAUAUUCGAACGCAUUAAAUCACCAGGCAGUGUUUUGUAAUUUAUCUCACAAUUGUCUCAGUGCACGUGCGCUCGUGUGAGUGUACGCUCGUGUAUUUGUGUAAAGAUGCUUUCUUCAUUCAAGACGGUUUCGCGAUACAUCGCGUCCGGAAUUUUAAAUCAUCAAAACCAUUUACGAUGUUUUUCUAUGUUGCAUCCUAAUUUUAAAGAACGAUGUCAGCUUCGAAGGUCGACUAUCCAAGGGAAGGUCAAGUUUUCUCAUGCAAUCAAAGCCGCUCAUAUGUACAAUCCCGGCGAAUUUCCUCUAAUGGACAAAACCGUCGGACAGUUGUUAAGCGAGGCAGUUGCGACGUGGCCCGAUCGGACUUGCAUUGUUUCGAUUCCUCAAAAUGUUCGUUUAACGUUCACCCAGCUCCUUCGGCGGGUCGACUCGGUGGCCGCGGGUCUCAAGAGGAUGGGCCUGAAAAAGGGCGAUCGGCUGGGUCUUUGGGGCCCGAACGAUCUGGAAUGGUUUAUAACUUUCCUGGCCGCGUCGAGGGUGGGAUUAAUCGUCGUCGCGAUCAAUCCCGCUUAUCAGCAGAACGAAUUGGUGUAUUGUUUGCAAAAAGUUGGCGUAAAGGCGACUGUCUCGCCCGAGACAUUUAAAACGCAGAAUUAUCCGAAGAUGUUGUUUGCCGCCAAGGAAGUGUGUCCCACUUUGGAGCAUAUCAUCAUUUAUUCGCCCGAUUAUGUUACCGGUACGCAUCGCUUCGCCGACGUCGAAGUUUCGGCAACGAAAGCGGAAGUGGACGCAAUCGCCGCCGAACAGGACACAAUAUCGUGCUAUGACGGAUGUAACAUACAGUUCACGUCCGGUUCCACCGGAAAGGCCAAAGCCACGCUUCUCUCGCACAGAAGUCUCGUAAACAACAGCAUGGAGUCUGCGAGAAGGGUGAAGAUAACUAUUGAGGAUAAAAUAUGUUUAAACAUGCCGCUUUACCACGCGUUCGGCAUGUCAAUGGGUCAAUUGCUUGUCUUUAACAUGGGGAAUACCCUCGUCUUGGAAGGACGCUCCUUCGAUCCGGUGAAAACCUUGGAGGCGGUAGCGCAAGAAAAGUGUACCAUUACAUACGGAACGCCAACUAUGUGGGUAAACUUACUCGAGGCACAACAACGGUUGCAACUACCGACGGCGAGUCUUCAGGCAGGAAUUACCGGUGGUGCACCCGCGUCUUCUGAACUGUUUAAGCGAAUACGAGACUUGCUGGGUUUCAACGACAUGACGAGCAUAUACGGCCUCACAGAAACAACAGCUAUUGUAUUUCAAUCGAUACGUGGAGAGGAUAGGCAUCUUUCGGAGACCACCGUCGGUUAUUUGUCGAAUCAUACUGAAGCGAUGAUCGUCGAUCAAAACGGUUUGCCUGUCCCCUUUGGAAAAACUGGCGAACUUUGGAUUCGCGCGUACAGUACAAUGAUGCGCUAUUGGGACGACGAAGAGAACACGAGGAAGACGAUGACGGAGGACGGCUGGUUGAAAACGGGUGAUCAAUUUGUCUUGCAGGAAAACGGAUACGCUACUAUAGUCGGCAGGCUCAAAGAUAUGCUUAUUCGGGGAGGCGAAAAUAUUUUCCCUAAGGAAAUCGAGGACUUCCUGGUGACCCAUCCCAAAGUAAUGCAGGCGCAAGUUAUAGGGGCAUAUGACGAAGUCUACGGAGAAGAGAUUUGUGCGUGUAUUCAACUACGCAACGGCGCGACGAUGACGAAGAACGAGCUAACGGACUAUUGUAGAGGCAAAAUAGCGCACUUUAAAAUACCGCGUUACGUAGAGUUCGUAAAUGAAUAUCCAAAGACUACUACCGGAAAAAUUCAGAAAUUCCGUCUGAAGGAACAAAUGGAGAACAGUGGUGUAAUACCGAAACAUUUAUAAUAAAUGUAGACAAUAUGACUUUGAAGAAAAUCUAGUAAAAAAAUUAAAUUAAAAAUUUAAUUAUAA